AUGGACGCCGCCGGCUCCUUCAGCGACUACUCCUCUGGGACGCCGUCCCCUGUCGGCGGCGUCAGCGGCGCGGACGGCGACGACGGCUCCUCUUCGUCGUACAUGACGGUGUCGUCGGCGCCGCCCAAGCGGCGAGCCGGGCGGACCAAGUUCAAGGAGACGCGGCACCCCGUGUACAAGGGCGUGCGGAGGAGGAACCCCGGGAGGUGGGUCUGCGAGGUGCGGGAGCCGCACGGCAAGCAGCGGAUAUGGCUCGGGACCUUCGAGACCGCCGAGAUGGCGGCGCGCGCGCACGACGUCGCCGCGCUCGCGCUGCGCGGCCGCGCCGCCUGCCUCAACUUCGCCGACUCGCCGCGGCUCCUCAGGGUGCCGCCCAUGGGCUCCGGGCAUGACGAGAUACGCCGGGCGGCCGCCGUGGCGGCGGAGCAGUUCCGGCCGGCGCCUGAUCAGGGCAAUGUGGCCGCCGAGGAGGCGGCAGAUACUACGCCGCUGGAUGCCUUGCCUGGCGCGACGCAGAGCGUCGAUGACCCGUACUGCAUUAUCGACGACGGGCUCGACUUCGGGAUGCAGGGGUACCUCGACAUGGCGCAAGGGAUGCUCAUUGAUCCACCACCGAUGGCUGGUUCGUCCACCAGUGGCGGAGACGACGAUGAUGACGAGGGUCUUAAGGAGCACCGGUCUUUUUUUAAUGAAGAGAACAUUGGUCUUGCAUUGCUUCUUACAGAGUAUGAGCUCGUGGUUUGCGUUGGAGCUGAUGAUGAUGGCUACGGGCUACCAGAUAACGGAAAAGGGUUUGACGAUGUCAAUGAAACGCCGUAG